AUGGCAGAAGCAAGCGCGAAAAGACUUAAGACCUCCCCAGUCACCAUCGGUACCCACAAUGGCCACUUCCACGCAGAUGAGGCUUUAGCGGUGUACAUGCUCCGGUUGCUCCCCACAUACAGCUCUUCUCAGCUCGUCCGAACUCGAGAUCCAGCUCUUCUUCAGACCUGCCACACCGUUGUUGAUGUCGGCGGAGAGUACGAUGCCUCGGCCAAUCGAUAUGAUCACCACCAGCGCACAUUCAAUACUACCUUCCCAAACCGUCCUACCAAGCUCUCUUCCGCAGGACUAGUGUACAUGCAUUUUGGCAAAGCUAUCAUUGCGCAAAAGCUGGGUGUCUCAGAAGAUGUCGAGGAGGUUAGUGUCAUCUGGAACAAGAUCUACGAGAGUUUCAUCGAAGCCUUGGAUGCUCAUGACAAUGGCAUCUCAGCUUAUGAUCCCAAAGCCAUCUCAGCGGCUGGCCUAGAGAAAAGAUUCAGCGAUGGAGGAUUCUCGCUGGGAGCUAUGGUUUCGAGAUUGAACCCGAACUGGAACGACCCUACCCCCUCAGACCCAGUUGAGGCACAAGCUGUCGAGGAUCAGAAAUUCUUGGUCGCGAGCGGACGCAUGGGCGAGGAGUUCUCGAGAGAUCUGGAUUACUAUGCGAAGUCCUGGUUGCCAGCUCGGGAUAUUGUGCACAAGGCAUAUGCGAAGCGGCUGGAGUAUGAUUCAAAGGGUAGAAUACUGGUAUUUGAUGGACAAUCAGUGCCUUGGAAGGAUCAUCUCUACACUCUCGAGGGUCAGGACGGUGGCGAGUCAAAGGUUCUCUAUGUCUUGUACCCGGAGAAGCCAACGCCCGAUGCGAAGUGGAGAAUUCAGUGUGUGCCAGUGACCAAGGACUCAUUCGAGAGCCGAAAGCCGUUGCCCGAAGCAUGGAGAGGAUUCAGAGACGAGAAGUUGGACGAGAUAUCUGGAGUCAGCGGCGGUGUCUUCGUUCAUGCUGCAGGAUUUAUUGGUGGCAAUAAGUCUUUCGAGGGAGCAAAGGCUAUGGCUAUCAAGGCGCUUGAUCUUUGA